AUGUCGGGAUGGACGCCUAUUUUCGGAGUGGCACAAACUCCCCCCAAACGUGUAGUGGGGCCCCAAGGGUCAAAAUCGGUUAUCUGGGAGAGUCCUCAUUGGAUGAUUCGCACGACUAGCACCGAAGCAUCAACCACGACGGGGGGUGGUGACGAGGACGAGUUGUUUGAACAGGGCGACGUGACCUUUGUCCUCGUCUCCAGUGCUCUCGUGCUCCUCAUGAUCCCUGGAGUAGGAUUUUUCUAUUCCGGUCUCACCCGCGCGAUGAGUGCUUUGUCACUUAUUCUCAUCUCGUUUUGGUCAGUCGCCCUCGUCUCACUGCAGUGGUUUCUGAUUGGCUACUCCCUAACGUUCAGUGCUGGGGGGUCCGCGUUCAUCGGGAAUUUUGAUCACCUUUUUCUAUUCGGAGUGCACCCGGCCCCCGUUGCUCCGCAUUUGCCCGGCCAGCUCUUUGUCCUCUAUCAAGCCAUGUUUGCAGCCAUUACGCCAGCACUCAUUUUUGGAGCGGCUGCGGAGAGAUUCCGCUUCCUCCCAGCCACGAUCUUCAUCCCGCUUUGGACCACGCUGAUUUACGAUCCUCUCGCGUAUUGGGCCUGGAACCCACACGGUUGGGGCGCCGUUCUCGGAGGCCUUGACUUUGCUGGAGGGACGCCUGUUCACAUUUCCAGCGGGGCGGCUGCUCUUGCAUAUGCUCUCGUGCUUGGGAAACGCAACCAGAAGGGUCACCCCAUCCCGCAUAGCAUGAGCCAUGUCCUUCUGGGGACAACUCUGCUGUGGGUGGGUUGGUUUGGGUUCAAUGGAGGUUCGGCCCUGUCAGCUUCCAGCCAAGCGGUCGCAGCCACCCUGGCCACUCACCUGUCGGCCUGUGCGGGGGCCGUGACUGGGCUGCUGCUCAGCUAUUGUCGUACGCGCACCUACUCGGGACUUGGCCUUUGUUCAGGGGCCGUGGCAGGGCUCGUGGCGAUCACUCCAGCUGCAGGUUUUGUCAGCCCAGCCUCCAGUUUGCUGUUUGGUGUCGUUGGAGCGACGGUGUGUCACGUUGCGGUGCGGCUGGUGCAGAAAUUCUGCUGCGACGAUGCCCUGGAAGUCUUUGGGAAUCAUGGAGUGGGUGGGAUUGUGGGGAAUCUCAUGACGGGUGUGUUUGGCAGCCCACUAAUCUCCGGCCUUUUCCUCCAGCACUGGAAUUUGGAAAAGGUGGCAACCCAUAUGUCAGCAACGCCAACAAAUAUGAGCCUGGGCGACAGUUCGACUACGAGGCCCAAUUGCAACAAGCUCAUCACUGCGAGGGAGCGACCCAGCCCCGGAGUGUCAAGUUUACUGAAUCCUCCCAUCAUUUGUAGGCUGCUGGUGACGUUACAAAUAAUAAAAGUGACUCAGUAUGUGACUUGUAUUCCUUCAUUGAAUUUCAUGAAUGAAUGUGUCGAGAAUCUCGACUCGAGAUGUGAAACUAAAAUCCCAUAG